AAUCUGUAAGUAAAAACUGAAAUGAACAAGUUGUCAUCAGGUUUGGAUACAUACAAGAUUCCACUGAAGAACAAGACUGAAGUCACCAGGUUUAUAUUGACAGGCUUCACAGAUGAUUUUGAGCUGCAAGUCUUCCUAUUUUUACUAUUUCUUGCAAUCUAUCUCUUUACCUUGAUAGGCAAUUUAGGGCUGGUUGUAUUGGUCAUUGAGGAUCCCUGGCUCCACAACCCCAUGUAUUAUUUUAUUAGUGUUUUAUCAUUCUUGGAUGCCUGCUAUUCUACAGUUGUCACUCCAAAAAUGUUGGUCAAUUUCCUGGCAAAAAAUAAAUCUAUUUCAUUUAUUGGAUGUGCAACACAGAUGCUUCUUUUUGUUACUUUUGGAACCACAGAAUGCUUUCUCUUGGCUGCAAUGGCUUAUGAUCGCUAUGUAGCCAUCUACAACCCUCUUCUGUAUUCAGUGAGCAUGUCACCCAGAGUCUACGUGCCACUCAUCACUGCUUCCUACGUUGCUGGCAUUUUACAUGCUACUAUCCAUACAGUGGCUACAUUUAAACUGUCCUUCUGUAGAUCCAAUGAAAUUAGGCAUGUCUUUUGUGAUAUUCCUCCUCUCCUUGCUAUUUCUUGUUCUGACAGUCACACAAACCAGCUUCUACUCUUCUACUUUGUGGGCUCUAUUGAGAUAGUCACUAUCCUGAUUGUCCUGAUCUCCUAUGGUUUCAUUCUGUUGGCCAUUCUGAAGAUGCAUUCUGCUGUGGGAAGGCAAAAGGCAUUCUCUACAUGUGGCUCUCACCUAACUGGAGUGACAAUUUAUCAUGGAACAAUUCUCUUCAGUUAUAUGAGACCAAGUUCCAGCUAUGCUUCAGACCAUGACAUCGUAGUGUCAAUAUUUUACACCAUUGUGAUUCCCAUGCUGAAUCCCAUCAUCUAUAGUUUGAGGAACAAAGAUGUGAAAAAGGCAAUGAAAAAAAUGUUGAAAUUGGUUUACACAUGAAGAA